AUGUUACUUGCAUGGUCGUAUCGUUUAGAAAAUGAAGACGAUGAAAUGCGACGUCCACCGCCAAAAUAUUCAAGUUGUGUUCGUGGUGUUUACAGUAAAGAGAAUAUCAACUACUUACCUACUUAUGAGGAAGCGCUGAAAAAUAUACAACUGAAAAAACAACAUUACUGUAAGUUUAUGCCAUACUUUAUUGUCAGCUUUACCAGCAGACUCGCUCAGAUAUCCCGAUCUGAUUCGACCAUAUUGCAAAAUGAGCGAUAUCCCUGCAUCACACUAGAAUCGACCUUACCAAACACCAUCUUCUAUCAUACAGUUGGUCUUUACUCACACAUUUGA